AUUGUUGUCUUACCUCAUCUUCAAUUCACUCUCCCGAGAGAGCAUCUCUGUUUCUUAUUGACUUUAAAGUGACCGGGACAAAUCCUCUCUUUUUCAGCUUGGCGUUACACGCCCCGGGAGUAGCGCGUCCGGCAGGAUUUUCAUGCGGGCAAAAACAGCUCCAAUCCAGGUCAGAAUUUGUGCUUGGAGCGUAGUGUGAGGUUUCCAAGCGGUUGCAUCAACACUUAUCGAGCGGGUACUGCCGGUUACCUGACGCCGAUUGUUGGUGCAUUUUGAGACGUGCUCUAGAACUGAUCAGUUACGGAAACUACGACUAGCAUCGCACACAGCCAGCAGCUCGUUUGACGAAACUGAUAAUUUAUUCAACAAAAGAUGAUGGAACGAUAAGUCAGGCGUGAACAACCACUAGUCGGAGGCAGUGUAGACAUUAUGAUUUGCGCUCACGAAUUCGCAAUUACACGCUCACAAAGUCCAUUAUUAAUGGACAAACCGCGGAAAUGUGCCAUUUUACUCCUUUUUGUCGCUAAUCAUUUUCAUUUUGGUGUCCUAUUGAUCCUAUCUCCAGCACCGGUUUCUGGAGGUAAUGAUAAAUGAGAGUCUUAUUGAUACAUUGCGGAGUGAAUCAAAAGAGGAACUGAGACGCAGUGAAGAUUGUGAGCAGCAUCAAAACCUCGUCAACAUACCCGCUUGCGUCAUCAGGUACAUCCGUCAAUUCCACGCCGACAGUAAUCCACUUGUCUCCUGACUGGUGCUGAUUGCAAACAGUCAGUUUGAGAUUGGAUUUUUACUUCACCAGCUUACAUGUAAUUCCCGUGAGGUAUAAGAGAUGGACAGUCCUAUCUACUGGAGUGAGAAACUUGGGAAUUGAGCUCCUUCUAAAAGGUUGUGAUUACCGACUCGUGCUGCAAAAAGACUGAAUGUUGUCGACGAUUGCGCUUAUAGAGCCAAGCAUCCAACGUGCAAUUUGUACCAUCUAUCUGCCACAGCAAGUCAGUUAUCUACGUCAACCCAACAGCUAUCCGAUGUAAUAUCUGACAAACACUACAGACGCACUCCUCAGUUUGGAUAUGACACCCACGUAGAAUUGCAGAGACACAGCUCAGCAAAUAACAACGUUUCGGGUCAUUAUUCCAUCUUCUUUUCAUCAUCCGCGAUAUUCUGUCGUUGACUCAUAUCUAGAGAGACAUCUAGAUAUCUAGAAGAACCAAAAAAUGUCUUAAUGGAUUGCAGAAUAAGCUAAGGGAUAACGUACAUCUCACAUAGUGUAUCUGCCUUGAUUCUGAAUUCAUUCGCUUCGGUGAUGGAUUUUGGAGGAUGUUUUAGAUUAUGUGCGGUUAGUUCCUCCUAUCAACAGGUACGGUCGUGCUGUACUCCACGUCGCUAUUCUCCUACGCAAGAGUGACAUAUAUAGGCUGAACAUAAUGUGAUGGCUGCAGCCCUGCGUUGACAUGUUGCUCGUUGCGUAAAAACAUGAUAGUAAGCGGCAAGUUUUAAUGGUCUUCGUCGGAUAUUUUGUUUGCGAAAGACAAGAAAAUUGGUUAAGAACACAGUAGACCUAUUAUAGCAACAACAUUCGAAGCAAGCAUGGAAAGCGCUACAGUAGAUCCCGACAUAACAUCACCAAGGCAAACUGAUCCUGAUACAUCGCCGAUUAUGAUCGUAGUUUUCUGUGUGAUUCUUGCCGUGUUAGGCUUAGCAUCAGUGCUAGGUAACGUGGUAGUCCUUGGGACCUUACGACAUGCCUGGGCUACUGUAGGUGCUAAGCCAGGUAACUUCUUAGCCUUUAUGUUGGCUGUGGCUGAUUUGCUUAACACCUUGAUUAAUUUACCUAUGGUUGUUGCAGGCGUCUUCUAUGGCAAAUGGCACGUUGUGGACCUCAGUAUGGCUCACUUCUUCUUUCUGAUCCUACUGAGUGGCGCCUCCAACAUGCUCCUAUGUGUGAUUGCCAUCAAUCGAUACGCUGUGGUCUCCAAACCCAACACCAGCGAGAAGGUCGGACGAAGGCGCGCCCAGAACCUCUCUAUCUACGCCUGGAGCCACGCCUUAGCAGCUGCCGUCAUUUCCAUCAUCAUCUGGGGAGUUCUGGAGAAAACCGAGUCAGUUUAUCUCAACAACGAUAACCGCGACCUCCACCAGCAAAUCCCACCAUUUGCCAGUCAGAUCGUCAGCUAUACCUUAGUCGUGGCUGCGCCUAUGGCUACAAUGACAGUCACCUACAUGCGCCUGUUUAGGCGCGUCAAGAUGCGGAUACGAGCUGUAGGCGCUAAAAGAUGUAACCUGCCUAACACUGUGUCACAGAUGGCUAGUCAGUCAGUGGUACAAGAUGGACCCAGCGUGUUUGGUGCAGUCAAGCCUCAUAACAUGAUCCUGGCAAGGCCCACUAAACAAAACCGUCGCCAUGCCGAUCUUCGUACAGCCGUCACUCUGCUGAUCCUCCUCAGUAUCUUCGUUCUGUGCUGGACUCCCAUCAUGGUUCUUAGUCUCGUGGUUAGCUUCGGUAGUCUUCGUGAUAAUAACUCAUCACCGAUCUAUCUGACUGUUGCUGCUGCAGUUGUCUUUAUCAUCCCCGCCUGCAACCCACUGGUGUACUCCAUGAGGAACGCCCAAUUCAGGGCAGCUGCUUGCGAUUUUCUCUGCGCUACUGGCAGGUGGAUGACCACACCCUGUCGACGGAAGGGCAGGCAGUCCGAAGAGCCGGUCGUUGACAAUUAGGGAAAGUCACAUGAUUAUGAUUUGGUUUAAUUUGAGAUUUACAUGUGAUAGGAAUUCAUUCCGCUGACCACAGACUCGCAGGGUUCAGUUGAGCCGAUUAAGAUAUGGAUAAUCUAAAUCUGUCUGAUCCAAUGUAAAUAACUCAUCUGAUUUGAUCACUUCUGAUCUGAUUGGUCGUAAUCUAGUAAGUUAUAUUCUGAUCUUGAUUUGGAUUGUGCUAUCUGUUUAGGCCUAAUAUACAUGAGUUUUGCUGAUUGAAUCAGAACAGCACGAUUCGCUCCUAUCUGAUCAACAUUAUUAAUUUGACAUAACCCGCUGCUGCAAACUGUUCCAUUUUGUUUUCAGUUUCAAGCCUUCUUGGUUUCAAAAUAUCAUAAAUGUGAUAUUAUAAUCAAACUUAAUUCAUCUACCAUACGUCAAAUCAAAACACGAAGUUGUCUUCACAACAUCGUGCAAUCUAUUUGAAUUAGGAAUCAUGUUUGAUUUCGUUAAGUAGCAGGUGUGACAGGUAGCUCGGCAGUUAUUGUUUAUUAUUGAUUUCUCUGGCUGAGAUGACAAGGUGUGUUCACGGCCUUGUCUUAAGAAAUCGUCGCAUUCCUUGAGAUUUACACUCUCGUCUCAGCUGACCAUGAAAACUAAUUAAAUUUCAGUUUUGUAAUUUAAAGAUUGGACUUGGAUGAUAAGUGACAUGUGAGGUGUAAUUCAAUUGUUAUAUUUCAGCAUAAAGGAGGGACGUUGCUUGAUUAGACUGAAGGAAUAUUAAAAAAUUGAAAGACAUCACAAUGAAAGGCGUAGACAUUUCGGGGUAUUUCAUAAGUGCGGGGCAAACGAAAGGGAACGUUGAUGAACGUAAUCAAGCAACGUGCCUCCUUUAUGCUGAAAUAUAACAAUUGAAUCACACCUCACAUGUCACUUAUCAUUCAAGUCCAAUUAUCAAAUUGUAAUUGCUCACGCUUCUGCAAAUAAUGCAUUGAAUUCCUAUCGUGUAUGUUUUCACAAGUGUUUUGUCUUGUAAUUAUUGGAACACGCUAUAAAUAUUUAUAAUAUAUUUUUCUUGUUAUUUAGAGCAUAAGGUCGUGCAUGUUUGCGUUUGAUCAGAUCUAUUUGUCUAAACCAGAUUUUUUAAGCUUCACACAGCCCCAAAUCCCCUGAAAAUUCAACCAAAAAAACAUAAAUUAUUUCCUCUUUUUAAUGAACCAGUGCUAACAUUUUCAUCAAUUGGAACAAUUUUUUAAGCUGUGAAUUUGAGGAACUUAAUUCUGACCUUUCUUAAAAUAUAGGCACAGUGACACUUUUCAGAAAUACAAAGAUAAAUGCGGUGCUAUAACGAUUCUCCUUUUCUGAUUUUUUUAAUAUCUUAAUGAACUUAGUUUUUGGGGCGUUAAUUGUUUCAAAAGUUGCGAAGUUGAAAAACCCUGAAAGAGAGGUUUUUUAUGCUCGUAUUUAUGUAAAGUAUUUUUGUAAAUAGAGUAACAUGUAUAUGAAUAUUUACAUAAAUUUGCAAUGUAACUGUAAGUUACUAAGGCAGUCCCAAACUUACAAAAUGUCAGUUUGUCAUAUCAUGACAAACGUGCGCACCUUUUCCAUUGGACAAAUUAAAACUUCUAAAAGUAUUAAUUUCUAGAAAUCACAACACGCUGUAAGCAAUCGUAGGCCUAAUAACUGGUUUUAUUCCUCUCUUUUUUUGGCCAGGUUCGUCAAAUUGAAAUCCGAUAUAUAAAAACAGAAAAUUUGAGAUUGACGGAACCAAACGUCAACCUUCGUGCCAAAAAUCUGCUUCAUCACAUGUGAUUUUCGUAUAAAAAAAUCUAAGUACCUAAGUCAUGUUAAUUAUGUAUUUAAUCACGUGAGGUUUAUCUUAAUAAUUACACUGUUUUACACUAUUUAAAAGCACACACAUAUCUUGUGACACCUGUGUUCAGCAAGCUUGACUUUAUUCAAUAAUUAAUAAAUAAUUUGUCUCAA